UGAAAAUACGCAACUCUAGUUGUAUAACAUGUCUUGAUAUGAAUAAGCUCCGUUUGGUUUGGAUUCCAAAGCAUUGUACAAGGUUCUUCCAAUCUAAGAGUGAACAACAAGAUUUGUAUUCAGUUUUAAAAGUUUCGCCAGAUGCUACACAAAAGCAAAUUAAAACAUCGUAUUUUAAUCUUUCACUAAAGAUUCAUCCUGACAAAAAUAAAGUUGUUGAUGAAAAUACAAAUGAAAAGUUCACAAAACUAACUGAAGCUUAUAAAAUACUUAGCAACAAGAGCUCUCGAAUUGAAUAUGAUCGAUCUCAGCGUGUAAAUAACUCUCAAUUUGUGUUUGAUAAAAAUCUGGACCUAAAUAACCAACCAAAUACAGAAAGAAUGCAACAAUUUAGCCAAGUUAAUGGUAUUAAUCAUGAUGCUUGGUCCAAGCAACAUUACGAAAAAACUCUUAUGUUACGUGAUAUAAGAUUGAAAAAAAAAAUUUAUUUAGAAGUUGAUUCCGAAACAGAAAAAAGUACCAUAUCUGGCAGAUAUUUUUUUAUGUUUUCAGUUAUUUUACUUUUGGGAGCUGUUGGUUUAAAAGUCUUUUGAAAAACAUAUGUUAUCAUUUUUAUUUGUACUAACGGUAAUAAUAUUUAAAAAUA